AUGUGGAACUUUUGUCCCUCGAUUGCCGCUGCAUACCUGUUUAUCGUUCUAUUUGGAAUAACGACAAUCUCUCACAUCGUGCAGGCGGUCCUGCACCGUAAAUUCUACUGCUGGGUGAUCGUCAUGUCCGGCACCAUUCAGACGCUGACCUAUAUCUUUCGCGUGCUGAGCAUCCUCAACCCUGCCAGCUAUGCAGACUAUGCUGCGUGGUUUGUGUUGAUUCUUAUCGCACCGUUGUGGACCAACGCAUUUGUCUAUAUGGUUAUGGGUCGAAUGGUGUGGAACUUCACUGAUGACGCGCGCAUCCUGCGUAUGCGGCCGUGGCAGUUUGGAUUCAUCUUCGUCAUGCUUGAUAUAAUUGCCUUCAUUGUCCAGGUUUACGGAGCAGCACAGGCUGCCGGCAACAAUGUCUCGUAUAGCGCGGAAAUGUCAGGCCUGCACAUCUACAUGGCCGGUGUGGGUGUGCAGCAGUUCUUCGUUUUGGUAUUCGUCGUCUACGCAAUUUCCUUCCAUAUCAAAAUCCUUCGGCAGCGUCGCUCGGAUGCGCGAAAGGCCUCGAUCCUCCUCUAUGUGCUUUACUCAUGUCUCGCCUUGAUCACAAUGCGAAUUAUUUUCCGCUUAUGUGAAUACUCUCAGGGUCUCGAUAGCAAAAUUCCCCUUCAUGAGGCUUACCAAUAUUGCCUCGACUCGCUACCCAUGCUGCUGGCGCUUGUGAUGCUUAACAUUGUAAACCCGGGUCGCAUUAUGCCAGGUACAGAAAGUGAAGUUCCAAGUCGCAAGGAGCGCAAGAAGAUGAGUAUAGAUACCAAAGCCAGACCAUUGGGAGAUGAGAUGGUGUUACAAAGUCAUGUUAUCGUGUAG